AUGCUUCAAGAUACAGGAGGGUCUUGCACCUUGACCACACUCUACCGAGUAGUCGAGGUUGCGCCACUGCCUUCGCCGGUCGCUUCCUUCGUCUUCUCGUUGCCAGUCUUGAGCGCCCUAUUCGCGUCACUCCCGUCCUUGACAACGACCUCCAUCUCCUGCUGUUUGGCGUGGUCCGGGUUGAGCCGUACGGCGGAUCCGCCCUCCGUCAUAGUCGAUGUCCCGCUCACUACGGGCAUCGUCAACAAGCUAGUUCCUGUGGUGUCAGCCUCAGCAGGAAGCGAGCUCGAGGUCGACAUCGAUAGCUGGGUUGAAGCGGAUGUCGACGGCUGCACGUCAGCCAUCUUGGCAUCCUGGUUCAGAGGCGGCGCUGGCCACGGUGCCAUGGGAAUCCCCGUGGCAAAUCCCAGCUGCUGGGCCUUGACUAUGCGUAAGUCCCGCAGGUCCGGGCUUGAGUUGAGGAUGGUGGUGGAAAGUUUGUCGGUGGGGCCAGUAUGCACCAGCAGCAGCUGUCCCGAGCCAGGCAUGCGCGGCUGUGCAUACACACAAAUGCUGAUUUUGAAUGUUAUUUUUGAUGGCCAAUCACUCAGUCAGGCGCUGCCGCCGUUGCAACGCCCGCCACCGCCCGAACUCCCCCCGCCAUCACAGCGGGUGACGUUUACCUUCAACGGCAUCAAGCAGACAAUGAUUGCUGUGUACCACCGUGACCGCCGAAUGUCCAACAGUGACGAGAGCAAUGAUGAGGGCUGCGAAGGGGGCCAGCUUCUCUGCGUUGUUGAGAGGCGUAGCAAGAACCUUGAGGCAGGCGUUGUCAACGUGCCCGGCUGGAUGGUCGACCUGGACGAGAAGAAAUUGAAGGUCCCUGGCUACCUUUUCUGCCCGGCCAAGCACCGCAAGCAGAUAAUUCGCCUCUUCACCAAGCAGUUCUGCCUCCACUUGUUCUUCCCGGAGCGCGAGAAGGGCUCAAUGUCUGUGGAACACAUCCGGCGCAAUUCCAUUUGGGAAAUACCAUUUCUGCCACGCACGCGGUCUCCGAGAAGUCUGGGGAUACAUGUGGACCAACUGGUAUCAACAAAAGCGCUGGACCCUGCAAUGGAGAUCAUGCUUGAUACGUUCUGUAUGGGCCGCUCAAAGACCCUGACCUCCAUGCAGAAGUAUUUCAAGUCCGGAUGGCAAAAACUUGCAAUGGCGGCCAUCAGCACGAAGACGUACAAGACCAAUGUCCUUACGUGGACUUGCAACUGCAGGUGGCAGAAAUACCAUUCCCAUCACCUUUGCAAGCACCUUGUCCAAGCCGUUCAGGCUCCUCCGACCACCUUCUGGCAGGAGGUUCAGGGACACUGGCAUAACACCUUCGCGGUCUGCCCAGCUUUGACGUGUGCCGCGGAGAUUCGCCCAAAUGGGGACUCCGUUGGUGACGAACUGCCCGCAAUCGGCUUGCCCCCCACCACCACCACCACCACCACCACCACCACCACGGGCAUGAACAGCACGACCGUGAUUGACCACAACGGCGGGAUAAAUGAUGACAAGAUGGAGCGCCAGGUUGAGGGCAGUCAAGAGUAUGUGGACUACCUCCUUCACUGGCUCAAGAAGACCAUGCACUACAUCAAGCAGCAGAAGACAGAACUCCCUCCUGAGCAAAGCAAGAUCUACUUCGACAACCUCAAGCACAAGCACUUUGGGGAGGACUUUCACGAGCUAAAUAAGCGCAGAGAGCGCAAGACCUCAGUCUCCCUGUUGAUUCCUGGAGUUGGGAGCGGUCAUGUGACUCCGGGUGAAGGCAGACUCACCCUACUGACCACUUUUGACAAGGACGUAAUACACCACGGACAGGAAAUGGAGCACUGCAGCAAGACCGGCUGCAUGUGCGAUACGACUUGGGUGCAAGCAAACGCUCCCCCGCGCAAGCGCCAACGUACCGCCAACCUCCUCGGGUACCACCCGCUUUCCUUGUCCCCUGUGCCGUCACUACGUGUGUUGAGCAAUGCUCUGCCCUCGUCUCCUUCCCACCCACCCUCUGUUGUUGACGAUCAACUCGACUUGGAUGAGCUGCAGCCUGUCUUCAUGCAUGUCUUCAACUACUUCACCAACACUAUCUUCAGUGCACAACAGGCUGUGGCCAAUGCUGAGCAGCGCAUCACGCAGGCUGAUCAGUGUGCUACCACCAUUGAAGAGACCCUUCAUCACUUCUCUGACUUCAACCAGCAAUCGAUGGCCCAGCUCCAGGCAGCCAUCAAGAACACCGUCGCCAAUACUGCACCUCCCCAAGCAAUGUCCUCGUGCAACACGCUCAAGAUCACCCCAAAGAAAUUCAGGGGCAGCAUGAAGAACGGCAGCCUGACUCUCUGGCUCUCAGCCACCACGGCCAUCCUCAUCGCACAGCAUGAGGCAUUCCUGGCCUACUGGGAGCCCCCCAUCUUCCUGCACAAACUGCAUGUGCACUGCAUUGACCUCACGUACAAUGGAAACAUCAACAAGUAUGUCGAGCUGUUCCGCAAUAUCGAGUUGCAGAUCUCACAGGACAAGAUGCUGCUCGAGACGCACCUCUUCGCAUUCUACUGCGGCCUUCCCGCACCCCUCGUUGUCUACCUUCAUGAUCACAAACCCUACACGAGGAUGAGUGAGGUGUACAACUCAUCAUCAUUGAACAAGCCGGCACCCAUAGACCUUGACAACAUCAAGAAUGCACUGUGCAACAACACGGCGAGCCCUCGCUGCUUCAACUGCAACCGCCAUGGCCACAUUGCGUCUCAGUGGUUAGAGCAUCACCCCCAAGAGGUGGAGGUCCUUGGUUCAAACCCAGUCAAGAAAGAGCUCCUUGAUGAGCUUCCCUGGGGUGCACAACGGUCGCGCAUCCCCAACAAUGAUGAGAUCCCAGAGAUGCCCUGGCUCAAGCGCUAUCAAGCACACCCCUUGUACAACAACAAUGCAUACAUCCUUCACAAUUCAAAGUCUGGACAACUAUUUAUCAUCAGCGCUGAAGUGGAGUCACCUGACAUACCUUCACCGGGUGUGAACAUGCACAUCCCACCGCCCACUCUGGCCACGUGGAACGCCAACAUGCCACGUGAGACAUAUGCCGACUAUAUCUUUGUUGCCAAUUCCAACAAUGACUUGGACUCUUGUGUGACGUCUGCCAACUCGGACACCAGCUCAGAGACCAUUGUUGACUCCGAUUCUGCCUUGCAGUGGAGCUUGAAGGCCACCAUUGACUCUGCCAAGUCCCUCACAAAGCCAAAGUCGAAGCUCCACGCAUUUACAGACAAGCUCAAGGCCAAGAUGAAGAAGCUGGUGCUAGACUGUUUUCCGGAUAAGGCCACCAAGAAAUUCAUUGACGAUGGCCUGAUAGACAGCAUUAUUGAGGGGUCAAACUUGCCGUGGGCUUCAAACUUACUGCCUGUGCGGAAGAAGGACAACACAUACCCUCUUCCACGCAUCGAGGACUACUAUGUGACACUCCAGGACAAGAGGCUCUUCACAAGCAUUGACCCCAAGUUCAGCCACUGGCAGGCUCCCAAGCAGGCCUUCUUGAUAGAUUGGAUCUCUGAUCUGGAAUCUCGGAAGCUGGAGUAUGAUAAUGCGUGGGAUAGCUUGAGUGACUCUGACGGCAUCGACAAUGGGUCAUUGGACUCGAGCUUGACAGACUCGGCAACCAAGGAUAGCGCAUCGGGCAUCAAUGCUUCCAAUAACAAGCUGUCUGCGGCCGAGAAGUACAUACAGGCUAUGUGCAACCUGUAUGCUACACGCUAUCUGCAGCCACACAAGAAGAUCCCAAAAACCUUGGCGCUUCUUCUGUUGGGAUUGAAGGACCAUCCAAGUAUCUUCCGAUCCUAUGUUCGUGUCACACCAGCCUGCUUCGAUGCACUUGUCUCUGCUCUCAAAGAUGACCCCGUCUUCUACAACAACUCAAGGAACGAGCAGAUGCCGUUGGAACAUCAGCUUGCUAUUGCACUCUAUUGCUUCGGUCAUUACAGUAACGCAGCCAGCAACAUGAAGAUUGCCCUCAUGUUUGGCGUUGGCUAUGGUACAGUCAACCUUAUGACCUCGCAUGUCAUGAAGGCUGACUAUGCGCCAGAGAAAGAGAAGGCAAAGCAUUGGGUGAAAGACACCUCUUGCCCUGGUUAG